AAAUACAUAUAUAAACAUGCAACAUCAUACAAUGUUUUAUAAAACUGUAAUUUAGUAGUAGUUGUAAUUGACCCUAAACUUUAAUAUGCUAAGGAUUUUGAAGCCGUUUUCAAUCUGUAAGAGAGCAUCGAGUACAUUUAAAAACAUAGUUAAAUCUCCAGGACCAGAUAUAGAUAUCCCCAAAAAUGUUUUGUUAUCAGAAUACCUUCUGGAAAACAUAAAUAAAUGGACUGAUAAAGUGGCUGUGGAAUGCAUAGAAACUAAAAAAAGAUACACGUUUCUGGAGAUAAGAAAGAAGUCACUAACACUUGCUCACUUCUUGAGAAACUCUUUGAAGCUCGAGGAGAAAUCAUGUGUUGGAAUUUUACUACCAAAUUUGCCCGAAUUUCCGAUCGUUGUUCUUGCUUCUAUACAAGCGGGACUCCAAAUCACGCCGAUCAAUCCAAAUUAUACACCUGAUGAAAUAAAGAAACAGUUAGUGUUGUCCAAGGCGAAAGCUUUGUUCGGCGUUGCUGAAAGAGAAACAGAAUUAAGGAGUGUUUGUGACAAUUUGAAGAUCCCCAUUAUCGCUGUUAAAGUCCACCAAAACACGUCUCUGUCUACAGGUACAAUAAAUUUCUUCGAUUAUGUAACAGCUAAACAGCAAAAUUUUGAUGAGAUAUACACGAAAAGUGUUACACCCGACGACGUAGUAUUGUUGCCGUUUUCGAGUGGAACCACGGGUUUACCGAAAGGGGUGCAGCUGACCCAUUUCAAUCUGGUAUCUAAUUUGAUGCAGACGGCCGUGGACGAAUUCGACUUCUACAAAAAAGGCGGAGAUGAGGUUUCACUUGCUUUCCUACCGUUUUUUCACAUUUAUGGUUUCAUGCUGAUCUUAAUCCACGGCUUGUGUGACGGCUUAAAAUUAAUAACGUUUCCAAAAUUUACUAGCCAACUUUUUUUAACCGGUUUAAGAGAGUAUCGUCCAACGUUUAUCCCUGCUGUGCCGCCUAUCGUCCACAUGGUAAACACUAGCACUCACAUAAAUCAUUCGGAGGACCUAGUUUCUGUAAGGUCAAUGUUAUGUGGUGCUGCGCCUCUGGGAAAAACCGAUAUAGUGCAUUUCAGAGAUCUCACUAAUGGGAAAAUAGACAUAAUUCAAGGUCACGGAAUGACAGAAACGUCUCCCCUUAACAUGGUACAAACAAGGGCUUUCGAGGGUGGUCUUAAAAUAGGAGGAUGUGGUUUCUUGGUUCCUAAUACACAAGCAAAAUUUGUUUCUAUUGAAAAUUCCGAAGAUCAAAACGGUCUGGGAAUGAAGCAAAAUGGUGAAUUAUGUAUAAAAGGACCACAGGUUAUGAAAGGUUACCUGGACAACCCAACAGCGACUAAGGAAAUGUUCAUGGAAGACGGAUGGGUAAGGACGGGUGAUAUCGGUUACUACGACGAAGAUGGUCACAUAUUUAUUACCGAUAGACUGAAAGAAUUGAUUAAAGUACAGGGAUUUCCAGUAGCACCCGCCGAACUCGAGAGUCUUAUAAGAAAGCAUCCUUCGGUAGAGGACGUCGCCGUUAUAGGAGUGAAGCACGAAAAGCUAGGCGAGGCCCCCAAGGCCUUCGUAGUGCUGAAGAAAAGCGUUAAGUUGCAACCCAAAGAUAUUGAAGAUUUCGUAGCUCCAAAAGUUAUAAAGUACAAGCAUUUAGCCGGUGGGGUAACAUUUUUGGAACAUAUUCCUAAGACACCUGCAGGAAAAAUACUUCGUAGAGAUUUAAAAAAGCUAAUUUGAUAUUUGUACUUUGGUAGUAUAGGUGACUAGGGGAUGGGCACUGACUACAAUAAUAAUAACAAUCGAAACUUAAAAGCUUUUAUUCCUUGUUCUCUUCUUCUCAACUUCCUUCCUUUCUGCCAAUUUCGUCACCAACAUAACAACGGGCGGCAAGUUUGAAUACAACAAAAUGACUAUUUUUAUUCCAAUCGAAUUUUUUUCUUUAAGAUCCGCCACAUUCUCUUCCAAGCAAAGGUGUUUUCAGUUAAAAUCUUGGUUUUGCAAGAUAGUUUUCAGCAUAUACAGGAGUGAAUAUACAUAGUUUUAAACAAGGUGUCGGGCAAAAAAUCUGGAGGGGGUAUUACGGCAAAUUUUCGCAAGUUUUCGAAAACACGGCGUUGAGAUACAUAUCCUCAAAGUUGAUUUUUUUAUUUUGUUUUUACCAUAAAAUAAGUAAGAAUUCAGUUGAUUUGUUUCAAUUUUUGUUACAUUUUUUUAUUUUUUCAUGAAAUGUCUUCAAAUUUUUAAAGGAAUUGAAAAUUAAAUGAAUAAAUAUUCCAAAUUUGAAAAAAUUCAGAGUUAUAAGCAAAAAACGAAAUCAAAAAACUCAAAGAUUAGUCAAGUUGAGGUUAAUGUCGUUCAAUCCGAUUAGCCUUAGACUUUUCUGACGUCGACGCCCCCUACUGGACUGCCUCUAGACGUGUAUAGGAUGUGUGGCCCUUUGUAUGGCAUCAGAUGGAAUGGUUGAGUCUGAUUCCACUUUUACCUGCGGUGCAGGGAUGUUAGUCGCACACUCGCCGAUAAGGGGGACUUCCCGGUAACCCGGGCGUCUUCUCAUCGAAGAUAACCGUAAAGUACCUCGGGGAUGAAUGCCGUGGAGUCUGUCGCUCUUUCUCCGUUGUCAUCCUUUACGGCUAUCGUCAAGGAGGAGACGCCCUGAAGUCCCCUGAUUGGCGAGCGGCCAAUUAACAUGGACUCAAUAACUCCAUCCGAUCCCGUACAAAGGCAACACAUACUGAAGGAUGAUUCCAAGCGGCAACCGCAGGUGCUCGUUUGAGUUACGUGUCAAGAUGGAGCCCAGCAAGGGGCGUCAACAUCAGAAAUCCCUACAUCCAAUCGGGUUCCACGAUAUGGCGCCCAACGUGGGGCUCAAGCACCCAAUGAGCCAGUGACCUUUUAAAAUCCACGAUAUGGCGCCCAACGUGGGACUCAAACACCUAAUGAGCCAGUGACUUUUUAAAAUCCACGACAUGGCGCCCAACGUGGGGCUCAAGCACCCACUGAGCCAAUGAUGUCAAAAUCUAUGAUAUCAAUAUCAAGACAGUUUCCAGACGCAGUGUUUAAUUAUACUUAGCUGUAAGUUUAUUGCUCCUGUACUUGUCUGUAAAUAUAAACCUAAAACCAUU